GUGAAAAUUGUUUACUAUUGUAUUCAAACUUCAAAUGAUAGAUCUUCGUUUUAUCAAUAGGAAUAUAAACAAUUAUUGAUUAUGGGUCGAAAUUGAAAUGGAAUUCGCCAUCCACGGACGGCGUUUCAAGUCAAUUAUGUGAAUUGAAGGCAAAUCACCUUUCGCUAUUUGGAUUAUUUAUUCGACGUCUAACUGUAUUCCAAAUGAAUACGGAAUCGUCUAUCGAGGUGGCGGUCAGGGUUCGUCCACCUUUUCAGAUUAAUCAGGUCCCAGAAGAUGUAUGCGUCUGUCCAGUACCGCACACAAAACAGAUUAUCAUCGGGAAUCAAGCCUGCUACACUGCUGACUAUGUGUUACCAGUCAAUUGUUCACAAGCUCAUUUGUAUGACAUUUGUGUUGCUCCAAAAAUAAAUACUCUUUUAGAAGGGCUUGAUGUGUGUAUCGUUACUUUUGGAAAAUGUAAAUCUGGAAAGACUUAUUCAUUAGUGGGGAAUUUGAAUUAUUUUAAUGAGAGUGGUAUCAUACCUCGAGCUGCCAAGCAUGUUUUCAAUAGCCUUGAAUGGCUGGAACAAUACAAAGGCCUAAUGUACAGAGUGUUUUUAAAUUUUUUUGAAGUCAUCAAUGGUGAGAUUAAAGAUAUGUUCGAAUUUGCAAUUAAAUCUGAACUUCAACUUCCUGCACAUCUUAAGACUGCUGUAGGAAGUGAGGGCAUUGAAGGUGUCCAGUGUCUGAAUGUCAAACAAGUUUUCAACUGUAUAAAGGAUGGUUUAACAAAACAGCAAAGACUUCAAGAGGAACAUAAUUAUAAUUCUAGUCAAAUAAACAAAUUUUUUAUUUUUACUGUAUAUCAACAGUGGAGUCAAGAUGGUGUGAGCCAUAGCAAGUUGUCUCGUGCUACAUUUAUUGAUCUUGGCAGUACAUCUUCAGCACCAUUUCUUAGAUCUAACAAUCAACUUAUUUAUUCCAAUAAUAAUAAAAAUGUUGGUUUGAGAAUGGUUUCAAAUUGUUUGUCAAUUUUGGCAGAAAGCUACUGUGUAAUUCCUGGGUCAUCGACAAGUACCAUAUUGGCUACUCUUUUAAAGGACGCCAUUACAUUUUCAUUUCAAACUUUACUCCUUUGCUGUUUGUCUCCUGCAUCGGUUGACCAUUGUGAAACAUUAAACUAUCUUAGUGUCAUCGAUCAGUUAAGAUUGUUAUUUAAAUACCAGCACGAAGAACAAAUCAGGCAACAAAUGAACAGUCUCGUUUCUCAAGACUUGCCUUAUGAUUCUAAUGAAAAUGAUGGUGUUAAAGGAGGGGAUACAUUUGGCCUGGAGUUUGCUGCUACUCAGUGGCAACAACUUGUAGCAAAUGCAGAAGGGCUGUUUCAAAAAUUAGUGCAAAGCGGUCUUUCUGAAGACUCACGGACCAAGAUUGAACAAUGGUUAUGUCUGAAGCAAGAAUAUGAAGAGUGCUUAAACAAUGAUUCUUCUUAUGCUCUAGUCGAAAAGAAAGUCAGAUCUCUUGAAAGAAUAGACGAAGUCACAGAAUCAGAAAGUAAAUUAUCUUCUGGUAAAAGUACUAGUCCAAGUGAGAGUGAUAAUGAAAGCAGUGAUGAUUUUGAAGAUUUACAAAAAGACGAGACUGGAGAUGAAUGUAGUGCUUCUAAGCCUGAUCCGAAAAAUAGAUUCGUUGAGAAAAUGGAACAUCAAUUAAGCAGGUUUCGCAUUGCUACUGAUUCAAUAGUUAACAAAUAUUUAGGACAUGGGAUGGUGGAAAAGGCUGGGAUUGAACACAGUGCUAUUUCUGAAAGUUACAGUGUAAAUUUACACAAUAGACGAAGGAGGAGUGUUUUAGCUGGUGAAAUAUUUAUUCCACAACCUUCAUGCAGUAAGGACACUCCAGGAAAGAACAGUCAGCCGAAGGAAAGAGAGUUCAGGCCAAUUCAUGCUGACUGCAAAGAAUCGGUGUCAUCUUUGCCAGAAAAACUUGUGAAAAAACAACCCAAACAACAAAAUAUUACGGCAUUUUCAAGUCCUGAAAUUGAAAAGACAGUUCGUACAUUGGAAAAUGAGAGAGAAGAGUCAUUCCGCCAUGAAAUAAUUAACCUUAGAGACACCAGGGACAUAUUAGUCGAACAGAGGCGUAGUCUUGAUAGUAAAUUAAAUAAAGAGAAAAUGUUUACAGUCGACGAAGAACGCAAAUUUCUUGAAGUCGAUGAAGCCAUUGAGGCUAUUGAUGCAACAAUUGAACAUAAGAAUGAACUACUUUGUGGACAUCAAGGAAUCGAGUACAACAGUAUUACAAAAGAAAAGGGGGAAAUGAUGCUAGUUGAUAGACUCAUGAAAUUGUCAGAAUCUGAAAUGCGAUGCCUACUGUACAAAUACUUCAAAAAAGCUGUUGACCUUAGAGAAUCUGGAAGAAAAAUGGAACAACUGCUGGCAGAUCAGGAGUAUCAGAUUGAAACACAAGCAUGGAAAAUUCAAGCUUUAUGUAAUGCUCUCCAGCAGUCUCGAAUCGAAAGUGAAAGGAGGCUGAUCAUGGUACAUCGUGAGCAUGAAGAAAAGUUGCAUUUGAUGUACCGCCAUUAUGGCCAGAAUAGUAGCGGGCCGAAUAGCUCUACCAGUAGUAUGAGCAAAUGUGGUGACACAAACAUGGAAAAUAGUGAGCCUUCAUUAUUAGAACUGCCAGGUUUUACAAGCAGCAAGCAUUCACAGAAUGCAUUAUCUAUACCUCAACAAAAUCUUAAAAAGUUGCAAGGCGCUUCUACGCACACAACAAAGGUCACAAGAAAGAAAAAUAAACUAAUAAUACAGCAGCAAAAAUCAAAAAAGAACUCAAAAAUGUAAGCAAUGAAUCUUUUACUUUUUAUUUAAAUGUUCAAUUAAAGAAAAAAAGAAAAAAGAAUUUACUGUUAAUUUCUUUGUAAUUUUUACAGUUAAUUUAAUGGGAAAAU